CGGAAUUUCGGAGCGCUCGCAUGGGGCAGUUCGAAAUGAGUAGCCAGAAGAUUGGGAUUGUGGGCAGUGGAUUGAUUGGCAGGGCCUGGGCGAUGCUCUUCGCAGCGGCUGGCUAUCGAGUGCAGCUCUAUGACAUUUUGGAGAGCCAGUUGUCCUUGGCAUUGCAGGAACUGGACAAGGAAUUGCAUGGUCUGGAGGAGAAGGGUUCGCUGAGGGGAAGUUUGCGGGCCUCGGAACAAUUCGCCCUCAUCGAGGUGACCACUCGACUGGAGGAACUCACCAGGCAGGCGGUGCACAUACAGGAGUGUGUUCCCGAGGUGCUGCAGCUGAAGAAAUCCCUGUACUCGCAGUUGGACGAGCUCCUGGAGGAGCAGACAGUGGUGGCCAGUUCCACGAGCACCUUUAUGCCAUCGUUGUACAGCGAGGGACUCAAGAGGCGGCAGCAGAUGCUGGUGGCCCAUCCACUGAACCCGCCGUACUUCAUCCCCCUGGUGGAGAUUGUCCCCGCUCCCUGGACUUCCCCUCAGUCCGUACAGCGAACUCACGACCUCAUGCUCACCAUUGGCCAACGUCCGGUGACCCUGAAGAAAGAGAUCCAGGGCUUUGCCACCAACCGCAUCCAGUAUGCCAUCCUAAACGAAGUGUGGCGCUUGGUGGGCUCCGGCAUACUCAGCGUGGCCGAUGUGGAUCGAGUACUGAGUCAGGGACUUGGGUUGCGAUACGCCCUGCUCGGAUCGCUCGAGACAGCCCAUUUGAAUGCUCCAGGCGGUGUUGCUGACUAUUUCCAGCGAUUUGGCGGAGAAAUCUCGGCCGUAAGUGCCACCUAUGGAGAAACCCCAAACACGCAGGAGGAUCGGGAAACGCUGGAAAAGAUUGCCAGGCAGUGUGAGCAGCUGGUGCCCCUCGAAAGUCUCGAGGAAAGACGCGCCACCCGCGACGAGUUCCUCACCCAGCUGGCCAAACUAAAAAAGCUGUUUGAAUAGGAAAUUAAUUGCUGCGUUGUGAUGUUCCCUGAAUAAACUGCGAAUCAACUAAA